AUGGCUCCAAUCAACAUGCAAACAGCUUCUGAAUUUGAAAUGUCAAAGAUCCUAGAUCAUCGCAUCAUUACUGAUGUAAUAGGGGUUAGGAAAAGAUACGAGUUAAAUGCAAAUAUCCUUGGUAAAUAUACAGAUGUACCAGAAAAACAAUGGAAAAAAUGGGAAGAAAAUCAAAUAGUUUCCUUUGGGGGAGCUACUAGCUUACAGUCAGAUUUGUUCUAUGAUAUGAGAGAUCUUGAUACUAGCAUGAGAGAGUUGAAUGUGAAAUUAGAGAGACAGGAAGAGGAAUUGCAAGCUGAGAGAGAGAGAAGAAAGAAAGCAGAGUUUGCAUUAGAACAAGAAGCCCAACAGAGAAAAUGGUUAGGUGCAAUGCCAGCAGAUAGCAUAUACACAAGAAAACCAUCUGACAGAAAACAAUCAGAAACAAAACAAAACAGAAAAAGCAAAAUACAUGAUACAAAAGACACACAUAUUCACUCAAAAUCAAACAUGUUUGACAACACAUAUGAUGAAAACACAAGAGGUAGGAAAUAUCAUAGAAAAACAAGGUAUCAAUCCUCCUCCUCCUCCUCCUCCUCAUCUUCACUGUCAUCAUCAUCUUCCUCCUCCAGUAGUGACUCUGACUAUGACAGACACCAUCACCGACGCAGACACAGACAAAAAAGUCGCAGUCCAACAUCAAAAUUACAAACAUUUAGUGGUGAUGGAAAAAUCAGUUGGGAUACAUUCAUCACACAAUUUGAAAGGGUAGCUGACAGGCAUGAUUGGGGAAAAAAGAAGCGUACUGACAAAUUGUUAGUAGCUUAG